CAUAGUGCUUCAGGAAGUCACACUAUGAUCCAAUGAUUCCAUCCACCCGUAGAGGACUGCUCAAGCUGAGGCAGCAGCCUUCUUUCUGACGCAUGAGUGAAGGAGCGUUCAGAGAGAUGGCAGCCACCGUGGAAAAGCCACAUGUGAAGAUUGAACUAGACUCCGAGGAAUAUGACAUGAGUGAGAACAGCGAGAAUGAGGAAAGAAGUGAAGAAGAGGAAUCUGCUGAUGGAGGCGAUGAAGAAGGAUCAGGUGAGGAAGAGGAGUCAGCUGAUGGCAGGAGUGAGGGAGAACAGGAAGAGAAUGAGAAAGAACAGAAUGGAGAGGUUGCGACGAAUCCCAAUGCCGGAUGGGCAGACGCCAUGGCCAAAAUCCUGGGGAAGAAAACACCGGAGGACAAACCUUGCAUCCUGCUAAAAAACAAACAGCACGACAAGCUCAACGCCAAGGAGAAGAAAGAAAGACAGGAGAAGAAGAAACAGGCAGAUAAAAAGAGAGCGUGGGAGAUGAUGUGUCGGGUAAAGCCAGAUGUAGUGCGGGAUAAAGAGAGAGAGAGGAGUCUGCAGAGAACUGCUACCAGAGGUGUAGUGCAGUUGUUUAAUGCAGUGCGUCAACACCAGAACAAUUUGCACGAAAAGAUGCAGGAAGUCGGGGGAUCCGAGAGGAAGAAGGCGAAGGUCCUUUCCUCAAUAUCAAAGAAAGACUUCAUCGAUGUAUUGCGAGGAACUGCCGGGUAUAACAUGGCAGCCGCGAAGACCGCAAAAACAGAGUCUGAAGAGCAGAAAGAGGAGAAGCCAGCAUGGAGUGUCCUGAGGGAGGAUUUCAUGAUGGGCUCAUCCAUGAAGGAUUGGGAUAAAGAAAGUGAUCCAGAGGAGAAACAUAAAGAGUCAGAGUGUGCAGACGACUUCAACAGUGACUCAGACUGAGAUAGACAGCAUUUCCAUGUGUCCAUGUGGGAACACUUCCAUACACCUAUCCCUCACAUGCCGUGUGUCUCAUGUGUGAGGUGAACAGACCACAAUUCGCAGACCCUGCUUUUAAGCAAGGGAUCCUGUUACCUAGAGUUCUGUGUAUUUGCUCAUAUAGCUGAGGUCGGAUUGGUCAGACGCCAAGAUGUGUGAUGCUCUUUUGUGUGUAUAAACACUUUUGGGGAUUGUUCAAUCUACCCAGAUAAUUCCAUGAUACUGAUGUUUAACAUUUUCUGCUUAAGCAAUGUAUAUAGUUCUUUAUGAUUAUAGGCCAUAUUCCAGAAAUAAAAUGAUCUUUUGCAUA